GACAGAUACUGGCUUACCUGCAUGUAUAAUAUAGAAAAAGAGACAGAGACAUGCACUGCAGAGUCUUCAGUGAGAGAGAGCUCAAGAGUUGAGAAAUACUUUGAGCAGACAUAUCAGCGAUAGUGGCUUGAACCUGAAGCUCAUCACUAUUCAUCUUCGAGAGUCUUGGCUGUGGGGUACAGGUGUGCCGUAAACUGUGAAGAGUUCUGGCUGAAGUGCUGACAUCCAUUUCCCUUAAAAAGAAAAAAAAAAGGUAACGCUUUGCAGUUUUCUACCUGCAUAUUCCCAAGUGACCAAAGUGAGAACUCUGCUUGGCUGAAUUAGGGCAAAAAGAAAAGAAGACGAUACAGGAAGUGAAAGAAGCAGAACAAGAGAAGGCCAAAGAAGAUGAGAUGAAGACAAAAGUCGAGACGAGUUGAGACAAGACAUAUAACAAGACUUGGGAAAAAGGAGAUUUCAAGAGGACAAGGAAAAGACACUAGACAAGGAAAGCAAUGGGAGACAAGACCAAUUAAAGCAAGACAAGGCUGAGCAAAGUAAGAAACAAGUUAAGGGUUCACGUCAAUCUUCAGUGUACCAUUGGGACCUUUUCGAGAGAAGAAUGGCAUGCCAGGCGUUCAGCGCUGACUCUUUCACCCCACUUGCAGCAGACUCACCCUUGCCGAUCCUCAUGCACCAUGCUUCUAGUGGUGACUGCCUGCCAGCCAGCUCCCACGCUCACAGCAUGGUUUCUGCAGUAUCAUCUGGGUUGUCCCUGAGUCAGCCCUCCAAGCGUUCCCACAUGCACCUGUCCACCUCCUCCCUUGGCAACGCUCUUGGUAACGCCCCGCCGGGCCUACAUUACCCUGUCACCCCCUGUCACUACAGCAACCAGCAGGCCACCUAUGGCAUGAUGGCAGCUCAGGAGAUGCUCUCUGCCAGUAUUUCUCAGACUCGUAUCCUUCAGACAUGUGGUGUACCUCACCCUAACAUGGUAGGCAGCACAAACCCACUGCAAGGGUCUCUUACUCCUUGCUUGUACAAGUUUCCGGAUCAUGGUCUAAGUAGUGGUUCAUGUGCAUUAAGCCAUAGUUUCUCUUCACUGCCCCCGGCACUCCUUCCCACUGAUGAGGCCCCUGGGGGCCCGAGUAUUGGAGAGAUGAAAACUGAUGGUCAAAGGAAGAACAUGAGGGACCCAGAAGAUGCCCCUGCCAUGGACUCCCCACAGAUCCGAGAGCUGGAGAUGUUUGCCAAUGACUUCAAAAUACGAAGGAUCAAACUUGGCUACACACAGACCAAUGUAGGCGAGGCUCUUGCUGCAGUGCACGGCUCAGAGUUCAGCCAGACCACAAUCUGCCGCUUUGAAAAUCUGCAGCUGAGCUUUAAGAAUGCCUGCAAACUCAAGGCCAUUCUAGCUAAAUGGCUUGACGAGGCUGAGCUGGCCGGUGCCCUAUACAAUGAUAAAAUAGGAAUGAAUGAACGGAAAAGGAAAAGGAGAACAACUAUCAGCCUGGGCGCUAAGGAAGCUCUGGAGCGCAGUUUUGUGGAAAAGAGUAAGCCAUCCUCCCAGGAAAUAGCCCGGAUAGCCAAAGGCCUCCAUCUGGAAAAGGAGGUGGUCCGAGUCUGGUUCUGCAACAGACGCCAAAGAGAGAAACGGGUCAAAACCAGCCUCAACCUCAGCUCCUGUUUGACCAAACUCAGUCCACACUGCAUCGCACAGAUGAGUAAAACACAAAGACCAAUGGCGUAAAGUUCAGCUUGAGGGUGUUUGUUCAUGUACACUCUCAUGGAAGCUCCAUCAUGACCCCAGCUCGUGAAAAUGUUUUAUUUUUUAAAUGUGACAGAAAUCACUCACCCAGAAUUUUGCUCAAUAGGAAACUGAAAAACCCCAUAAUAAAAAAAAACAACCUUCACCCUGCAUUAAGCAGCUGCUGACGCACUUGAAACAAUUUCAUCGAUUUAACAUUCAGAUGAUAAUUUAUAUCCUGUGAAGGUCAGCCUGACAACAAAACAACAAGUGAAAAAUACUGCAGCUGUAAGAACAUGAGUCAUUGUCAGUUUGUAACUUGAUACAGACACAGCACGUUUGUUUAGUUUAAAGAGACGUCCCUUAUUGCAGCGUGCUUUCUAAAGGCCAUUUCUCACUUACUUGAAUAGAAAUUAUUCUUUGAAGUUAUUCAGUAUAUAUUAACAUGAAAUAGCAGUCCUGUGAACCAGUGAUGGUUCUUUUGAAGUUGAAACUGUGAUAAAAACGGUUGCUAUUUACAUGUGAUUUGCUGGUUUUAUGCUGCAGCUACCAUGAACUGACAUUUAAACAGAGAGUCACGACUUCGGCUUCAGUCAGACUUGAGUCACAAAUUUGAUGAUUUUAGAGUCAACUUAGGAAAUCAAGAAUGACUUGCAACUCGACUUGGACUUUAACAACAAAGACUUGUGACUUUGACUUAAGAACACUUGAUACCUUCCCCCAAGCCCAUGACUAAAAGUAUGCUUUUUAAAAAUAAU